CAACGUCGGCGCCAUGUGCAGCUCUUUCCCUUCUCCCUGGCAACUCCACGAUGAGUUCGCUCAAGGUUCAGAAGCGCCUCGCCUCGGAGGUGCUGAAAUGUGGCAAGAAGAAGGUGUGGCUGGACCCUAAUGAAAUUGGGGAGAUCGGCCAGGCCAACUCACGCCAGAACAUCCGCAAGCUUAUCAAGGAUGGCCUCAUCAUCAAGAAGCCACAGAACGUCCACUCCCGCGCCCGCGUCCGCAAGAACCAGGAGGCACGCAGGAAGGGACGGCACAUGGGCUUCGGCAAGAGGAAGGGCACAGCCAACGCCCGUAUGCCCCAGAAGAUUCUUUGGAUUCGUCGCAUGCGAGUGCUGCGUCGCAUGUUGAAGAAGUACCGCGACAACAAGAAGAUUGACAGGCAUCUCUACCAUGAGCUGUACAUGAAGGUUAAGGGUAAUGUCUUCAAGAACAAGCGCGUCCUUAUGGAGUACAUCCACAAGAAGAAGGCCGACAAUGCACGUGCCAAGAUGCUGAGCGACCAGGCUGAGGCGCGCCGCAACAAGGCCAAGGAGGCUCGCAAGCGUCGCCAGGACCGUGUGGCCGUCAGGAAGGCUGAGGCGAUGAAGAGCAAGGAGGAUGCCGAGUAAAGAGUGUGAUGUACCCUAAGGAAUAAAGAAAAAAAUGGUAA